UACCAAUGCAAGCGCUACAUCGUGAAUCGUGAUGAUGAGCAUGGCUUUGGGGGGCUGAGGAGAGUGCAGCCGCAAAGAAUGCUUGAACCGCAGUGGUCAGGUUGGGGCAAAGGUCGUCCAGGAUAAAAGUGUCAGGACUGCAGCAGGAAAUAUCCUUAUGAUGGGUCAAUGCAAAGCGGUGCUAAGGUUGAUCCUACAGCUGCGCAGAUUGAAUACCACACAUAUCCAGUAGUUCUUUGAAUUCCUGCGAUUUUGGACCCGAGGAUUGACUCAAUCAGGUUUCUUCACAGAAACAGGGAGGAUUGGGGGACCUCCAAUCUGUGCGAGCUGUUCUACACGCUGGCAGCAUGGCGUCGAAGGUGCAGUCCCAGGCCCCAAUGUCUCGGUUAGGGCGGCUCGUAGUCCCUGCCUUGGAGAAGGUUGUGAAGGCAGCCUCCUGGAGAAAGCAUCAGCGCCUUAUAACAGAAUGCAAGAGCGUCAUUGAUCACUUCACCAAGGCCCCUGAGAAGCUACCCCCUCUGCCGUCCCCUUCUACCUUCAAACGGGAAAAAGUCGAGCAAGCAGCAGAUCAGCCCUCAGAACGGACGGGAGAUGCAGGAGUGCCGCCUGAAACACUAAGAUCUGCGAAAGAGAAUGGGUCAGAGGAGGAUUCCACAAUUAGGGGUCCCAGUGAGAAUCUAGCGGGUGAAGGAACAGCGGACGUCCAGGCUGCUUCCUCAGCCAGCGAGGAAAGCCAGGCGUUGAGCAGUACAGGAGCCCCAGAGAUUGGUGCCACAACAGCCAACCCUGAGCAGGAAGCUGGAGGGGAGGCUGGCGCGGGGACUGGCGCAGAGUCAGCAGCUGAGAAUGGGUCUGCUCAGGAAGAGCACGCAGAACAGAAUGCAUCUGUUAAGGCGUCUCUGGCGCGCUCAGAGUCGGCAGCAGCAGUCGAAGAAGCUAAGCCAGCUGUGCAGUCGCCUGAUUUCACGCAGCAGUUCAGCAGUGGUUCCGGGAAGGAGUCAGACUUUGCCUGGGGAAUCCCUGCCCGGCCCAUCCUCUUUGAUGGCGACACCCCCGUGAGCCAUGGCGACGCAGAGCUGAUCUUGCGGCCGUUGCAGCUGGCAUGCGAGACUUCGAGCGUGAAAAUUGUUGAGCCGGUGCUGGACCUGGUGCAGAAGCUGGUGGCGCACGGGCACCUGCGCGGGGAGGUGGACAUUGGGACCACACCCGACACCAAGCUGCUGCAGGAGGUGUUUGACGGCGUGUGCCGCUGCUACGACAUUGCGGACGAGACGGUGGAGCUGCUGGUGCUGCGCGCGCUGCUCACGGGCGUCACCAGCCAGAGCGUGCACGUGCACGGGGAGACGCUGCUCAAGAUUGUGCGCACCUGCUACAACAUCUUCCUGGGGAGCAAGGCGGUGGUGAAUCAGACGACGGCGAAGGCCGCGCUCACGCAGAUGCUCGUCCUCGUCUUCCGGCGUAUGGAGGCAGACACCUCCCAGGUUGCGGUGACCCCCAUUGUGGUGGCGGACCUUAUGGAGCCGGCAGAGCGGUCGACCACCGACCAGACGUCCAUGCUGUUUGUCCAGGGCUUCAUCAACAAGGUGGUCCAGGAGAUUGGGGAGGCCUGGACCGCCCCUGUGACGCAGCUGUCGGGGUCGCACCGGCAUGACGGCGCAUUUGACACCAUCCCGCAGAGCAGCCCGGUGGACGAGGAGGGAGUGAAGGAUGCGGCGCUGCUGGACGCCAAGUCGUGGGAGGUGAACCUGCAGAAGGAGAUUGCCAAGAAGGCCAGCCAGAAGGGGGGCCUUGGCCAGGACGUGGGCGAUGAGCUGGAGGAGGGCGUGUCCGCCAACACCAACUCGCUGCGCCGCGAUGCGUUCCUGGUGUUCCGGGCGCUGUGCAAGCUGUCCAUGAAGGCCCCCCCUCAGGAGGGGGUCAUUGACCCGUUUGCGGUGCGCGGCAAGAUCGUGGCGCUGGAGCUGCUUAAGAUCUUGCUGGAGAACGCGGGAGCCAUCUUCCGCACCAAUGAGAGGUUUGUUGGCGCGAUCAAGCAGUACCUCUGCCUGUCGCUGCUCAAGAACAGCGCGUCGUCGCUCCUGAGCGUGUUCCAGCUGUCGUGCUCCAUCUUCAUGAGCCUGGUGGCGCGCUUCCGUGCGGGGCUCAAGGCGGAGAUCGGGGUGUUCUUCCCCAUGAUCGUGCUGCGCGUGCUGGAGAACGUGGCGCAGCCCAACUACGCCCAGAAGAUGAUCGUGAUGCGCUUCCUGGAGAAGCUCUGCGUGGACCCCCAGAUCCUGGUGGACGUCUUUGUCAACUACGACUGCGACCUCGAUUCGUCCAACAUCUUUGAGAGAACGGUGAACGGGCUGCUCAAGACGGCGCAGGGCGUCCCUCCCAGCGUGGAGACGACGCUGGAGCCGAAGCAGGACGGCGCGCUGCGGCUGGCGGCCGUCAAGUGCCUCGUCGGCGUGCUGCGCUCCAUGGGCAGCUGGACCAACAAGCAGCUGAACCUCAUCCAGAUUGCCGCGCAUGGGCGGGCCGUCGCCGUGUCGGCUGCACAGGAGAAAGAGGAGGGCGACCACCUGGGGUCGGACGGCGGCGGGGACCACCUGGACGGGGCAGGGAGCGAGGUCUCGGAGGCGGUGCACUUCGAGCAGCGCAGGGCCUACAAGAUCGAACUGCAGGAGGGCAUUGCUCUGUUCAACAAGAAACCCAAGAAGGGUAUCGAGUUCCUGGUUCGCAAUGGCAAGCUGGGGGGCACCCCCGAGGAGAUUGCUGCGUUUUUGCGCGAGGGGCGUGGGCUGGACAAGGUGAUGGUGGGCGAGUACCUGGGCGAGCGCGACGACACCUGCCUCAAGGUCAUGCACGCCUACGUCGACGCGCACGACUUUGCCGGCAUCGAGUUCGACAACGCCAUCCGGCUGUUCCUCAGCGGCUUCCGGCUGCCGGGGGAGGCGCAGAAGAUCGAUCGGCUGAUGGAGAAGUUUGCGCAGCGCUACUGCAAGUGCAACCCCAAGUCGUUCUCAAGCGCCGACACGGCCUACGUGCUGGCCUACUCCGUCAUCAUGCUCAACACCGACGCACACAACCCCAUGGUCAAGCAGAAGAUGUCGAAGGCGCAGUUCAUCCGCAACAACCGCGGCAUCGACGAGAAUGGCGACCUGCCCGAGGAGUUCCUGGGCGCGCUGUACGACCGUAUCGUGAAGAACGAGAUCAAGAUGAAGAGUGACGGCGCAGCGGGGGCCCGGGCGGCGGCAGUGGCGGCUGCCAAGCCGCAGGGCGGGCUGGAGGCCAUUUUGCAGCUGGUGCUGCCGCGGCGCAAGCGCGACGUGUCGGCGGACACGAGCGAGGACAUCAUCCGGCACAUGCAGGACAUGUUCAAGCAGGGCACGGGCAAGGGCGGCACGCUGUUCAACGCCGCGAGCGACGUGGAAAUCGUGCGCCCGAUGGUGGAGGUCGUGUGGGCGCCCAUGCUGGCGGCCUUCAGCGUGCCGCUCGACAAGAGCGACGACGCGGUGGUGACGUACCAGUGCCUCGAGGGCUUCCGCCACGCCAUCCACGUGGCCGCCGUGAUGCAGAUGGAGACCAUCCGCGACGCCUACAUCACCUCCCUCGCCAAGUUCACCUCGCUGCACUCUGCGGCUGACAUCAAGCAGAAGAACAUAGACGCCAUCAAGACGCUGAUGUCGGUGGCAGAGGAGGACGGCAACCACUUGGCGGACGCGUGGGAGCACGUGCUGACGUGCAUCAGCCGGUUCGAGCACCUGCACCAGAUCGGCGAGGGCGUCAUGACGGACGCCGCGCUGUUUGCGGGCGCGCGCCCCGACGCCAAGAAGGCGCGCGGCAGCGCCAAGGGCAGCCGCCGCUCGCACCUGCCCGCGGAGGCGAUCCAGAGCGGGGCCAUCAAGCGCGGGAGCUACGACAGCGCGGGCGUGGGCGGCAACGCGGCGGGCCCCGUGACUAGCGAACAGAUUGCGACGCUGGUGUCGAACCUGGGCCUGCUGGAGCAGAUCGACAGCACGGAGAUCAACCGGAUCUUCACCUCUAGCGAGCGCCUCAACAGCGAGGCCAUCGUGGAGUUCGUGAAGGCCAUCAUCAAGGUCUCCCUGGACGAGCUGCGCUCCCCCGCCGAGCCGCGCAUCUUCUCCCUCACCAAAAUCGUCGAGAUCUCGCACUUCAACAUGAGCCGCAUCCGGCUAGUGUGGAGCCGCAUCUGGGCGGAGCUGAGCGACUACUUCGUGACGGUGGGGUGCGCGGAGAACCUGACGGUGGCAAUGUACGCGGUGGACAGCCUGCGGCAGCUGGCCAUGAAGUUCCUGGAGCGCGACGAGCUGGCCAACUACAACUUCCAGAACGACUUCCUCAAGCCCUUCGUGGUCAUCAUGCGCAAGAGCAACUCCGUCGAGAUCCGCGAGCUCAUCAUCCGCUGCAUGUCCCAGAUGGUGCUCGCGCGUGUCGGCAACGUCAAGUCCGGCUGGAAGGUCAUGUUCAUGGUGUUUACAACGGCGGCGGCGGACGAGCACAAGAACAUCGUGACGCUGGCGUUCCAGACGAUCGAGAAGAUUGUGCGCGACUACUUUUCGUACAUCACGGAGACGGAGACGAGCACGUUCACGGACUGCGUCAACUGCCUGAUCGCCUUCACCAACAGCCGCUUCAACAAGGACGUCUCCCUCAACGCCAUCGCGUUCCUGCGCUUCUGCGCGCUCAAGCUCGCGGAGGGCGAGCUGGGCCAGCCAGUGGACCAGCGCGACGCAGCCGACGGCGGCGAGCACAAGGCGGAGCCGCCGCAGGCGCCCUUCACCGACCGCGACGACCACCUCUACUUCUGGUUCCCCCUCCUCGCAGGCCUGUCCGAGCUGACGUUCGACCCGCGGCCGGACGUGCGCAAGAGCAGCCUGGAGGUGCUCUUUGACACGCUGCGCUACCACGGGCACCUCUUCUCGCCCGCCCUCUGGGAGCGCGUCUUCGACUCCGUCCUCUUCCCCAUCUUCGACUACGUGCGCCGUGCCUCCGCCGAGCGCUCCCUCUCCCUGGCCAGCGACCGCAGCGCGGGGGGCGGGACCGAGACGCCGGGCGCCACGCGCGAGGGGCUGGAGAUGGACGUGUGGCUGUACGAGACGUGCACGCUGGCGCUGCAGCUGGUGGUGGACCUGUUUGUCAAGUUCUACGCGGUGGUCGACCCGCUGCUGCCGCGCAUCCUGGGCCUGCUCACCGCCUUCAUCAAGCGGCCGCACCAGAGCCUGGCCGCCAUUGGGGUGGCCGCCUUCGUGCGCCUCAUCAGCAGCGCGGGCGCGCUCUUCUCCCCCGCCGACUGGGACGCCGUGCUGGCGGCGCUGGCCGACGCUGGCAGCAGCACGCUGCCCGACCUGAGCGCGCUCACGACGGACCGCCUGGAGGAGGCCACGCUGCGCCAGCAGAGGGGGGAGGCGCUGGAUGACGAUGACGUGGAAGAUUCGGCAAGCACCGCAGCGAGGAUGUUAGGCGAGGAUGGGGCCGGACGGGAGGGGGAGGCAGCGGGAGAGGGCGGGGCAGGGGCCAGCGGCGCAGAAGCGCAAGGACGGGGCACAGGGGCCCAGGAGGCAGGGGCGGCCGACGAGGCGGAGGGGCAGGGGGCGGAGGAGGGCGCGGCGAUCGGGUCGGUCCAGCAGAGCAUAGCGGACCUGCGGUGCCGAACGGCGGUGCAGCUGCUGCUGGUGCAGGCCGUGUCGGAGCUGUAUGCGCUGCACCACGGCGCGCUGUCCCCCGCGCACACGCUGGCGCUGCUGGACGUGCUGUACCUCAUGGCCGGCCACGCGCACAAGGUGAACAGCGACCCGCGCGGCCGGGCGCGCCUGCAGCAGCUGCGCGCGCUCACGCAGAUGGCGGACCCGCCGCUGCUGCGCCUGGAGAGCGAGGCCUUCCACGCGUAUCUCACCCUGCUGCAGCGCCUGCCCGCCGACCAGCCGCAGCUGGCCACGGCGGGCGGCCCGCUGCACGUGGAGGCGCGCCUGGUGGACCUCUGCGCGGAGGUGCUGCACAUGUACAUCAACACCGCGAGCGCGGCAGGGGCAGGCGACGGGGAGGGGGGCAAGGCGCGGCCGCAGCACUGGGCAGUGCCGCUGGGGUCGGCGCGGCGAAGGGAGCUGACAGCGCGGUCCCCGCUGGUUGUCGCGGCACUGCAGGCGAUCACGGCUUUGAAAGGACCCGCCUUUGAGCAGCACUUGACGAAAACCUUCUUCCCUCUGCUGACGCAGCUCGUGGGUUGCGAGCAUUCUAGUGCAGACGUGCAAGCAGCUCUCAGCACGUUGUUCACUCAAAGAGUGGGACCCUUGCUUCUUGGCCUAAAGGUUGGCAAGAUAUAGAUAAGUCGCCUCACAAAGCUGCGCUUUUUGGGAUGGUACAGCACUUGCAUUGGGAAUUCUGAAAUAGGUUCCGUUGAGAUUUGUGCAAGAUAGACGAAUUAGUUGCGUGCGAUCAUACUAUACCAUCUCCUCAAAGGCGUUCAAGUCUUUUGUACCGAUGUGUGCCCUUUAACCAAUGUGUUCCUUUAGUACUUGCUAUAAGAAACAUUGAACAGUUUGUCAAUCGGCCCGGGAUUGAUCACAGUGUUGCCGGU